AUGACAUUUUUAGAAGCUGAAGAUUCUACAGAAAAUGACUUUAUAUUGAAAAGUUCUAAUUUAUAUAUAAAUUUCAUUAAUAAGCAUAUUAUAAGUAAUAACUCUUUAGUACAAGAAAACCUUUUAAUUAAUGAUAAUGAUAAUUUGGAAAGUUGUAAUUUUACCCAAAUUAAAAGUGAAAAUGUUUAUUCACAAGCUUAUGAAGAUCUUUGGAAUGAUUAUUUUAAAGCCUUAAGUAAAUAUAAUCAAAUAGACAAAAGUAAUGAUAAUUUUUCUGAAAAUAAAAUACUAGAAUGUAAAAUUAAAUAUGAAAAAUUUAAUGAUCUAAUUUGUAAAUUUAUAGCUAAUAAUGAUGAUAAAGUUGAAGAUUAUAAAUAUAAUUUUAUAAUUUCUGAGGAUAGUGUAAAUGAAGAGAAAUAUUCUAGAAGAGAAUUUAAAUAUUGGCUACUAUAUAAUAUAAAAUUUUGA